UUUGGUCGGACUCGUUUGUUGCUUACAUCUUACAGGACUGAAACUGCUCUGCAGGUGGAGGGAUGAGUCUCUCCCCUGUCAUUGGCACAGAGGUGCCAGAAACAGCUAACGGGGUUGUGACACCUGUUGCUUUGGAGAACGGCCCUCAUGUUCCCGUCUCGGUGAAAUGUGGGGGCAGCAGAUUACCCGGUCCUGAGGAGGAGGCAGUGGACGGGACCCUCGGACACACGGAGAACCACGUUGACACAGAAAACAGAGCGCAUGAUGUCAAAGAACGCUUGUACACAGAGAUGGACGUUAACGAGAGAAUAUCUAGUUUAUCAUUACAAGCCGAGCUCACUGCUGCGACGGGCACGGGAGACUCAGCAUCCAAAGAAACAGACAUUCCUGAGUCCUCUAGGACUCUGGAUCCUCCUGAUGCGGUUCUCCUGUGGGACUCGGCGCAGUGCGGACAGUCCAAAGAAUCACCUCAGCGUGGAGGUGACGCCAACGCAGAGGCUGUAGAUGGAGGCACCGACAGCCGAGAGGACGAGGAAGACGGCGAGAAGGAGAAACAGGAUGAAGAGGAGGACGAGAAGAAUGAAAACAAGUGGAGGAAUCAGCAUGCGGGAAGGAGACCAGAGGCGGAGUCUUCACGACACUACUCCUCCUCAGCCCCUGGUCCAAGCACCUCCUCUUCUUCGUCUCCUCCACCUCCACUUCUUCCCUCCGACGACACCCCCUGCCCUCCUCACAUCAUGGCCCAGGUUUGGGUUCGCAACGUCCGGGGGAUGCAGGACAGCAAGAGUCUGGAUGAAAUCAGCCAAGCGUGUGGAGGUGGUUUAGGGGCCCGAGGAGGAGGAAGAAGUGGCCAGUCGGAGGGCCGACGGGCCACCAUCUCCUCAGCACUGGAACUCGAGGGAACAGUCAGCCAUGAAGGAGACUUGACUAAUUUCAUCACCAAGAACCUGGAGCAGAAGAUCAAAAUGAGCUCCAAGCCCAGUUUGGACUGCAGCGACUCGGACUGUUCAGGUCCCAUCUACAGGAGCCGGGGCUUGACACGGAGACCGGCGGACAUCCCACCCAUCGAUCCUGCCGUCCUAUUGGACCUUCAGAGACACACCCAGGAAGUGGCGCACAGCGUGGAGAUGAUGAUGAGAAGCCUCAAUGGAACCAUCCAGAACAUGACAGCUCUCAGUGUGGGCUACAUUCAGACCUACAGAGACUCAGUUGACAGCCUGGGAGAGUCUGUAGACAUGAGUAUAAAGGGCAUGUACACGCUGAUGGCUCGCUGCGAAGAGUUGGAUCGCUCCAUGCAGCCCAUUCACACCCUGGCAGCACAAAUCCGCGACAUCAAACGCACCCUGGACGCUCUGGAGGCGAUCUGCAAGUAAACGCCGCCCGCCUGGUGCGAAAAAAAAAAACAAAAAACACGUCCCGGCUGCAAAGAUCCAACGUCGAGCACAUCCCCGAACGAGGAUGUCUGCAAGCAACUCCAUCCCUCAGCAGGUAGCACACACACACUCUGCAGCCAAGACUCGGUGCACCUCUGGAGUCCCAGAACCAUUGCUACUAGGCAUGCUGGGUGAUUGGCACUCAUUGUUCCUCUGUUCAUCGUUUGAAGACGACCAUGUUUGUGUUGUGAGAUCUCAAAUGCUUAAUUCGCUCCUGGGGCUGAGCUUUUUCUUCUCUUUUUCGAAGCAUCUCCUCUAAUCAAGUUGUCAAGACACAGAAUUUCAUAGAUUAACCUCGUUUGGAGUCACUUGUGCCCUGGACACAGACUGAGAAGAUGGCGGGAUAGAUGCCCUCGUUUUCCACGUUAACGUCGAAGGAGUUUGUUGUUGUUCGUCCAGCCUGCUUGGUUCAGAUUGCACUAACCUCUCGCCUCCACGCGGGGGUGAUGUUUCUUUCUCUGUCUCUGGAGAGGCGAGAACAAACUGCUGAGAAGACAGUGACUUUUGCACAAGAACAGAAAGUCUAUUUUUUAAUCUUAUGCAACAGAGAUCAGAUUGUUUCACUGCAGGCUAAAUUAGGGGAGAGGAGCAUCACGCGUGUGUCUCCGUCUGUUUUUUUUUAAGAUGUUUAUUUAUUCAGUUUCCUCAGCAUGCUUUACUAAAACACUGUGUCUCUGUGUCACUGGGAACCAGUACAGUCAGCGAAGGGUACUGUGUCAUGAGCUCAGUCGGUACCGAACGUGUUUCACUCCAAUUCUCUCACGUCGUUCAUCAAUUCAAACCAAGCUGUCAACCUUCAAAUCACAGGUUUUCCUCUCUUAUAUAAACCAGUCAUGCCGUUUGAGCUGAUACCUCACUUUACUCUUCUGAGUCAGUGCAACCCGAGACGAGAAAAUAACUGGAAAAAUAUCUUACGUAGCCUUCACAGAAUAAGUAAUAUAAUCCUGAGAAGCUGCAGGAUCGAGCUGGACACAGACACUGAUCUCCUGAGAAGAUGCAAAAUCACAAAGUCCAGAAUUCAUUUGAUUCCUGAUCAUUUAGUUGCACCAGAGUUUAUCACGGGAACGUAAAUUUCUCUGCUUCCUCCGACUGCACGCUGCAAGCUAAAUUGUAAACACAUUUCCUGGUUGUGCGACUGUGGACUUACGAGGGUUUCAUCGUUGUGAGUGUUUUAAAAAUCAGAACAUUAUCACUUUGAGCACGGAUGGGGCUGAGAGUCCAAAAACUGUCUCAUCUGUGCUGAAAAACAGCUUGAUAGCAUUAGAGAAGUGAAUAAAGUGAAGUCCACAGUGGGUUUACAUGCCUCCACUGCUCCAGGAAACACUGACUAAGGCCUCAGAUCAGUGUGCGGUGGCUGUUUUGCUUCUAAAUGAGCAAUUUAAUUACCUUAAAGUAACAUUUUUGCGCACGCUUUGAUAGCCGGAUGUCCUGCGGCACACACGUCAAACUGAGAAAAGGCAAAGAUAGAUGUUCUGCUGCUAAUAGAUUGUUUAGAUGAAGAUCAGUUGUCAUGGAAAAGUGACGAAAACGCCAAAUCGAUCCAUGCUGAAGAUUGUUCAUUCAUGGCAUGGAUCGUGGUGGUUCUGUUUCAGUUCAGCCACUUAAAAAGAAAUAAUUUAUGCAUUAGCAGCACUCGGUUUCAGAGCACGUUUUGAAUUCAUUAAGUUGCUCUUGAAGCACCGUUAUCGACAGUUUGCCAGCUGAGGACUGAAGUAAACAUCGUGGAGGAGUCAGUUUGGUCUGUGGCAACAAGUUUCACUCUUUUGGGGGAUUUCUUCUGCAUUAAUUCCUCACUGGAUGAAACCCUAAAAAUUACGUUCAAAUCAAUGAAGGUUUCAGGACACAGGAUGUGAACUGAAGGAAGUAUUUGUUAAAGUACUUCAUGACAAAGGCAAUAAAUGUGUCAUUUAAUCAAGUAUAAGUCAUUGUACUUGAUUUAAUAGAGACUGUGGUGCUUCUGUCAUUGCACUGGUGGGUUCCUUGUAGUAGAUCAUGUACUAGACCUCAAUGCGAAUACUCGUACAUGCACCUACUACGAAUGGCAGCCAUUAUGUAAUUUGUAUUUUACGAUUUAUCCAAAACCGACUACCGAAGUACUUUUUGGGAUAUUUGAUCUCCAUGGGAGCAAAACUGCAAACAAGGUAAGUACACGUUUUAACCUGGGACGAGUUAUCGAUGCUGAAAUCUGCUCUAAAAUGUCACAUUUGGAAGCAGAACCGGGAGCAGCAGCGUGACUCUUGACUGUCUGUAUAUGAAGUUCUGUACUCUCUUUCACCUCGAUCGACAAAAAUCACGUCAUCGGCUUUACGGAAAAAUUUAUUUAUUCUGGCUGUUGAUGUAAAAUCUGCUCUUUGUCUUCUUGUCACUUUCCUUACCUUGUCAGGCGAAGUCUGUGAAAACUGUCGGGAGAAAAUUCAAACAGGAAUGGGAGCAUUGUUAAAAUAUCAAAGCUAUAUAUAUAUAUAUAUUUAAAAGUUUACGAUCGUCCUGAAUCCCUUGAGGUUGCGGAAACAAACGUGGCUAUGAAGAUGUAAAUGCUCUUUUGUAGGUGAACACAAAUGUCUAGAGGGCCGAUGUUUGGAAGCCUUGGUAGAUUUUUUUUUUGAGAAACGAUCCCUGAGACGAGCGAUGAGAGAAGAAAUGUCAUUUUCUUGUUCAUAAUAUAUAUAAAUGUAUGAUUGGUUCAUUUUCUGUUGUACAAUCAGAUGCACCUGUGUACAUAUGAUCUCUUUCUGUAACUAAAAAUGAUUUAGAUACCCUUCGUCUUGAGUGUAUAUUUUAAUGAAAAAUAACAAAUAAAUUUACAUGAGCUGCAAAAAAA